UACUGCAUAACUUCUGGGCAGGUUGCAAACUCAAAUGUUCGUCAAAAUGCAUUGCAUCUACUGCUAGACAUGUUCCCCCUUGAAGAUCCUGAUUGUACAAAGGAGGUUAAAGAUACCCUGCUUGAUAAACAAUUCUUUUUGUUGGAAAGAUUACUGAUGGAUGAAUGUCCAGAUGUAAGAGUUGUUGCAGUAGAAGGUUCUUGUCGCAUUCUUCAUUUGUUUUGGGAAAUUAUUCCUUCUUCUACCAUUACAAAGAUAAUCACCAAAAUUUUUGAUGAUAUGACUCAUGAUCCAUGCAAUGAGGUCAGGCUUUCCACAUUGAAUGGCAUUAUAUAUUUGCUUGGCAAUCCUCAAUCUCAUGAGAUUCUUAAAGUUCUUCUACCAAGAUUGGGGCAUCUGAUUCUGGAUCCUGCGAUGUCCAUACGAGCUGCUCUUAUAGAUCUCCUUCUUCUUGUAAGGGAUAUUCGAAUUUUCCAGUUUCAUAAGGUUGUGCACUUAGACCUAUUACUGUCAACACUUGCAAAUGAUCAACCACUUAUUGCUGAGAAAAUCACUAAACUUCUGAUGCCAUCAUAUUUCCCCUCAAAAGUAACUGUGGAAGAAGCAUGUAAUCGAUGUGUCACACUUAUCAAAAGGUCUCCAAUGGCUGGGGCAAGGUUUUGUGAAUUUGCUCUAUCAGAAGGGGCAUCUUUGCAGUAUCUCAUGGAGCUUGUCAAAGUUUUCAUCAAUUUGGUUGUCUCUACUAACAAGCUGGAUGGAAAUCAGAUUGAUGGCUUACUUGUUGCUGCUGCCUACCUUUGCAAUAAUCUAGUGACUGAGGCAUCUUACAAGGCUACCCUUAAGGAAUUGUUGUCUGGUGAAAAGCUGAGGUGCUUGUUUGUUGCUGCAGCUACUAGGCAUGCUCAAUCUUCUGUUUGUGACAUCAUUUCCAGCAUCUCUCCAGAUGAUGCUGGCAGUCUUUUUGAAGAAUGCAUGGCCUUGGUCACAAAUUGUUGCGGUUUAUCUGAAAACAUGGAAAUGCAAGGUGAAGUGAGGUCUGCCCACAAGAUGAUGUUGUCUUGUAAUUGGUUUGAUGAGAUGUUUGAGACUCUGACAAGGCUUUUGCAAAAAACUGCCCACGGAUGCCAUACCAAAUUUGGCACAGAAAUAGCAAGGCACAAUGUUCCCUCUGCAAAACGAAGGAAAACUAAGUCCUCUAUCAAAAUUUCAACGAAAUGGAAGCAUGUCAGUGGGAAAAAGUCUUCCAGUACGGCCACCUCCAUAUUUGAAGAGGAUUAUUCAAUUGCUUUAGGAAUAGCGUGGCAAAUAAGAGACUUGCUUACAGAUGAAAACACACGGAAAGCAAUGUUGGAGUCUCUAAUUCUAGAAAUAGCAUUCUUUGCUUUAAAGACCAUUUCUGAAGUCAGCAUUGUACAGUGCAUGCAUUGCAGUUAUAUGGACACAUCUCCAAUUUUGGCAUACACAGCUCUUACUUUCCAUAUGUCUCUUCAAAAUGUUAGCAUAAAUGGUACAAACAAUCAUGGAACCAAGAAUAAGGCUCGUCUUGAUUCUUCAGGAUCAUCUUUGGAGCCAACUUUGUUGGAGCAAACGAUGGAUCACCUAUUCAACUGUACAAAUAAGCUAUUCGGAGCUGGUGACGGAGGAAAGUCUGGCAGAUUGCCCUCAGGAGCUAAGCAGGAUAAGAACAAGACAGCAUAUCAUUGUGGGCGUAAGAAGAGAGAAUCUGAAAUAAAUACCUCUAGCCCUAGUGAUGGAGGACCCACUUUUACUGAACAGAGAAGGAUGUCUAAUACAUUGAAGAUCCUAACAGCAGUUCUCAAGUUCAUAGUUGAUGCAACCGCAAUGGGUCUCAUUUCUAACAGUCAAGAAAAGUGCUUGAAGUUCACACUGAAAUAUGUGGAAUUCAUUAUGUCUAAUUUAAGGCAACAUUCCCAUGACGAGCUGCAGUUGAAGGAGGAAGAUUUGAAAGAAGCAUUCAUCUGUCUGAAGAGUUCCUUCACCUAUGCAGCCAAGCUACUCAAUUUAAUCCUAUCAAGCUCCGAUGAAGCUUCACCGCCUCCCCCACAAGCUUAUAUUCUUGCUAACAGUUUGCUUGAUCUAAUCAUUUCAAUUGAAUCAUGUUUGGGCUCUGGUUAUGCAUCACGUGUCGUUGCUGCAAUGAAGCCAUGGCUGCCUGAUUUGAUUCUGGCAUUGGGAUCGAUGCAGAUGCACAAACAGACUUCAGAAGGGAGAGCAUCUGAAUCUGGUUUUCCAUCAUGGCCGUCAAUUUUAGCAAAGAUUGAAUUCCGUGAGUCAAGUGAAGUUGGCUCAGAUGAGGAGGGUGAGAGAGUUUCAGAACCAGUGGAAUUUCCCGCCUUCAAGAAACUUGAGGAAAUGCUGGUCAUACUGUUGAGAGGAAAUACUAAGGUAUUAGAUGCGGUUGGGGUGAUUUUUUUGACCAGUGUGACUGUUGGGCUGGAACGGAAGGACUUUAAACUGGUAUUCAGACUCUUGCACUUUGUGUCCAUGAAAUUGGUCAGACAUGAGCUUGGAGAGUGGGGAGAGCUUGACUUGAUGUUGGCAUCUUUGCACAAUAUUUACCUUCAAAUAGAGAGAGAAGCUGAACUGAGCAGCGAUGAGAAUGCAAGGCAGAUGUUACAGAGUGCAAUGAUGUUACUUGAACCAGUUUGGUCGAGUUAUACUUAUGAUACUCAGAAGGAUUCCAUGGAGGAAGAAUAGAAACUGAUAAGAUCAGACAUGGAAAAUUAAACAAAACGUUUUUGCAAAUCGCUCUCUACUAGUGGCAAUUGCAGUUCUUAAGCUCAGUUUAUUAAUGUAUAAACAUGAGUUUUCUUUAGUUGGACAGUUACUGUAUGUGAAUAAGGUCAGAAACUAUAUUUGUUUCUAGUCCAUCUUCAAGUUUACUAUGCUUCCUUCUAGUAAAUGGUCUUAGCUUCAGCUGCCAAGAGUGUACACAAACCUCAGUGUUAAAAUCUGUCCCAAAAUAUAUUGAAUUUUUUUAUCAGGCUUUCAAA